GUUAAGUGGGCGCUGCCCGUGAUUGUUAACAGGUGAGGAUAUCUAUUUAAGAGUCCAGGGACCCCGGCAGAGUGAGGUUUGUGCCGGAAACCUCUCUGCGCCUAAAGAACUCCGAGUCGUAGCUACUACACCUGCCGCGGGCAGCAAGUAAAACCCCUUUCUGAGAAACUUUCGAGUGACCUGGCCGAGCAAUGGGGAAGGAAAAGAUUCACAUCAACAUCGUGGUGAUCGGCCACGUGGACUCGGGCAAGUCCACGAGCACCGGCCACCUGAUCUACAAAUGCGGCGGCAUUGACAAGAGGACCAUCGAGAAGUUUGAAAAGGAGGCUGCAGAGAUGGGCAAGGGCUCGUUCAAGUACGCGUGGGUGCUGGACAAGCUGAAGGCGGAGCGCGAGCGAGGCAUCACCAUCGACAUCUCCCUCUGGAAGUUCGAGACGUCCAAAUAUUACGUGACCAUCAUCGACGCCCCGGGUCACCGCGACUUCAUCAAGAACAUGAUCACCGGCACCUCGCAGGCGGACUGCGCGGUGCUUGUGGUAGCGGCCGGCGUGGGCGAGUUCGAGGCGGGCAUCUCCAAGAACGGGCAGACGCGCGAGCACGCGCUGCUCGCCUUCACGCUCGGGGUGAAGCAGCUCAUCGUGGGCGUCAACAAGAUGGACUCGACUGAGCCGCCCUUCAGCAACGGGCGCUUCGACGAGAUCGUCAAGGAAGUGAGCUCCUACAUCAAGAAGAUCGGCUACAACCCUGCCUCGGUCGCCUUCGUGCCCAUCUCCGGCUGGCACGGCGACAACAUGCUGGAGUCGAGCAAGAACAUGCCCUGGUUCAAAGGCUGGAAGGUGACACGCAAGGAGGGCAACGCGACCGGCACCACCCUGCUGGAAGCUCUCGACUCCAUCCUGCCCCCGUCGCGUCCCACGGACAAACCUCUGCGCCUGCCGCUGCAGGAUGUCUACAAGAUCGGCGGUAUCGGCACCGUGCCCGUGGGCCGCGUGGAGACCGGCAUCCUCAAGCCCGGCAUGGUGGUGACGUUUGCACCGACCACCCUGACCACGGAGGUGAAGUCUGUGGAGAUGCACCACGAGGCCCUGACCGAGGCCUUCCCCGGCGACAACGUGGGCUUCAACGUGAAGAACGUCUCCGUGAAGGAGAUCCGACGCGGCAACGUCGCCGGCGACAGCAAGACCGACCCGCCGCGCGGUUGCGACAGCUUCACGGCGCAGGUGAUCGUCCUCAACCACCCGGGCCACAUCCAGGCCGGCUACUCGCCCGUCGUCGACUGCCACACGGCGCACAUCGCCUGCAAGUUCUCGGAGCUCAAGGAGAAGAUCGACCGUCGCUCGGGCAAGAAGCUCGAGGACUCCCCCAAGUUCCUCAAGUCUGGGGACGCGGCGAUGAUCGAGAUGGUGCCCGGCAAGCCGAUGUGCGUGGAGAGCUUCUCGCAGUACCCACCGCUCGGGCGCUUUGCGGUGCGGGACAUGAGGCAGACGGUGGCCGUGGGCGUCAUCAAGGCCGUGAGCAAGAAAGUGGGAGAGUCGGCCAAGGUGACCAAGUCUGCAAGCAAGGCCAUGAAGGGCAAGUGAGGGGGGGGGGGGCGUGGGGAUGGGGGGGGGGGGGAGAAGACGGGAGGGCAUCACUUCCUUGCAUCCCCGACAACGACGGACGGAGGUCGCCCUGCAUACUCUCCCAUCGUCGGUGCUGGCGUUAAUGCCCCCUGGUGCCCCCUGUACUGUCAGUGCCGUUAUUGAGUUGUGUGAAAAGUUAACACAUGUUUGUGGAAUAGGCUUUUGGUUUAAUUUUGCUAAAGUGGUAUUAUUUUUCCCUUGUGAUGCAAGUGUAAAGAUGACGGCCUAAUAAAGAUUGCUGCUGAAUUUU